AUGAGGGUGCCUGUGCCGGGUCCGGCGGCCGGCCGCGAGCCCUCGACGCCCGGAGGCGGAGGCGCCGUCGCUGCCGCCUCAGGCGCCGCGGUGCCGGGCUCGGUGCAGUUGGCGCUGAGCAUCCUGCACGCCCUGCUCUACGCCGCGCUCUUCGCCUUUGCCUACCUGCAGCUGUGGCGGCUGCUCCUCUAUCGGGAGCGGCGGCUGAGUUACCAGAGCCUCUGCCUCUUCCUCUGUCUCCUGUGGGCAGCGCUCAGGACCACCCUCUUCUCCGCCGCCUUCUCGCUCAGCGGCUCCCUGCCCCUGCUCCGGCCGCCCGCUCACCUGCACUUCUUCCCCCACUGGCUGCUCUACUGCUUCCCCUCCUGUCUCCAGUUCUCCACGCUCUGUCUCCUCAACCUCUACCUGGCGGAGGUUAUAUGUAAAGUCAGAUGUGCCACUGAACUUGACAAACACAAAAUUCUGUUGCAUUUGGGCUUCAUAUUGGCAAGCCUUCUUUUUUUAGUGGUGAACUUGACUUGUGCAGUGCUAGUCCAUGGAGAUGUCCCAGAAAAUCAAUUGAAGUGGACGGUGUUUGUUCGAGCAUUAAUUAAUGAUAGCCUGUUUAUUCUUUGUGCCAUCUCUUUAGUUAGUUACAUAUGCAAAAUUACAAAAAUGUCAUCAGCAAAUGUCUACCUCGAAUCAAAGGGUAUGUCUCUGUGCCAGACUGUUGUUGUAGGCUCUGUAGUCAUUCUCCUCUACUCUUCAAGAGCAUGUUACAAUUUGGUGGUGAUCACCAUAUCUCAGGAUACAUUAGAAAGUCCAUUUAACUAUGGCUGGGAUAAUCUUUCAGAUAAGGCUCAUCUAGAAGAUGUGAGUGGAGAAGAGUAUGUAGUAUUUGGAAUGGUCCUCUUUCUGUGGGAACAUGUCCCAGCAUGGUCUGUGGUACUCUUUUUCCGGGCGCAGAGACUAAACCAGAAUUUGGCACCUGCUGGCAUGAUAAGUAGUCACAAUUACAGUUCCAGAGCUUACUUUUUCGACAACCCAAGACGAUAUGAUAGUGAUGAUGACCUGCCAAGACUGGGAGGUUCGAGAGAAGGAAGUUUAUCAAAUUCGCAAGGUUUGGGCUGGUAUGGCACCAUGACUGGGUGUGGCAGCAACAGCUAUACAGUCUCUCCCCACCUGAAUGGACCUAUGACAGACACUGCUCCUUUGCUCUUUACUUGUAGCAAUUUAGAUAUGAGCAAUCACCAUAGCUUGUAUGUAACACCACAAAACUGACAGCAUUACCGAGCCGUGAUUCUUCCAUUGUUUCUCAUGAACGUGUAUAUUCGAUGUGUUUAAAUGCCAUCUACAUAAACAUUCCAUUAUCUGUUGCAACUGAAAACACAGCCUGGAAAUGUGGUUCAGCAGAGAACACACCUGUUACUUUUGACUUCUUCAUAGCAAAAUGAAGUAAAAUGGGAAGUUUGGAGUGGGAGAAAAGAAGGAUUAGAUCUUAAGGCACUUGAUGGCUGCAAACAUCCUGACUUUGGAACAUCAAAUGCAUAUUUGCAUAUUUGCACUUUUAUCUUUGUUCUGAAAGAGUACACUGCAAUCCCCAAAGUCACACUCUAGGGUUCACACUAGGAUAUUAUAUUGUACACCUAAUUAGGAGGCAAUUUCCCUAUGAAAAUCAAAGCCUGUAUAUUCAGUGGUAUAUUCUAUGUGGAAUUCUUACCCAAUAAAAAUUUUACGGUGUGAACAGUGUGCAGGAUUAAGGUAUAACAAUGUACCAUUCUUUUUAAAAAUCUACUUAAAAUUAUGUGAUCACUGAAGAUAGUUCUUUUAAGCAUGAUUGUAAAAUACCAACCAAAAUUAUUCCAUCAUUUUUUUUAAACGACAGUAGUAAUCCUUUACAAUGAUGACCAGCAGUGUUCUUUGGAAAGCCACAGUCAUUUCUUCAAGAAGAAAGUAUACCGGUGAAAAUGAUGUGGCUACUUUGAGUAGAAUUGGUCAAGUGAUCAUUUUGUAUGAUUAAGAUAUAUUAUAGUAGUUUAAGCAUGGCUCUUCAAGAAAGCAAUAGUGAUUUUUGCAUAGGGAGAUUUGGGUAGAAACUUCU